AUGUCGUGGAGAAAUCAAGGGAUCACUGGAUCCAACAACAUUCCCCUGGGGAAGUCUCGCAGAUUUGGUGGCGAUGGAGACUUCAAGGACGAGGAUGACCACGUCAGGUCUGCGCCAUCUGUGGAUGGCCCUGAUCGCGACCUGAAGCGCGGUCGCAGCCCUGAGCCCAGAACCGAUGCAGAUGGUCCUCGCCGCCGCAAGAAGCGCAACAGAUGGGGCGAAGCCUCCGAGAACAAGGCUGCCGGGCUCAUGGGCCUUCCCACUGCGAUUGUCGCAAACAUGACCAGCGAGCAGCUUGAGGCGUACACGCUGCAUCUCCGAAUCGAGGAGAUCAGCCAGAAACUCAAGAUUGACGAUGUUGUCCCUGCUGAUGGCGACAGAUCGCCCUCGCCUGCUCCCAUGUACGACAACCAUGGUCGGCGUGUCAACACCCGAGAGUACCGAUACCGAAAGCGCCUGGAGGACGAGCGACACAAAUUGAUAGAGAAGGCCAUGAAGACCAUUCCUAACUACCACCCACCCCAGGACUACAGACGACCCACCAAGACCCAGGAGAAGGUCUACGUGCCGGUCAAUGACUAUCCGGAGAUUAACUUCAUCGGCUUACUCAUCGGUCCUCGUGGAAAUACUCUGAAGAAAAUGGAGACCGAAUCGGGCGCAAAGAUUGCCAUCCGUGGCAAGGGCUCUGUCAAGGAGGGCAAGGGUCGCUCUGAUGCAGCUCACGCUAGUAACCAGGAAGAGGAUCUGCAUUGCUUGAUCAUGGCCGACACCGAAGAAAAGGUCAACAAGGCCAAGAAGCUGAUUCACAACGUGAUCGAGACCGCUGCUUCCAUCCCUGAAGGCCAGAACGAGUUGAAGCGUAACCAGCUUCGUGAGUUGGCUGCUCUCAACGGAACCCUUCGUGACGACGAGAAUCAGGCAUGCCAGAAUUGCGGUCAGAUCGGACACCGCAAGUACGACUGUCCCGAGAAGCAGAACUACACCGCCAGCAUCAUCUGUCACAACGUGGCCAGAACUGGCGGAACGAUGGACCUGGUGGUCGACCGCCGGCGGGACGCAUCGGUGGGGGAGAGGCCGACGCUGAUUACGAGCAAUUCAUGGCAGAGCUUGGAGGCGGCACGGCGCCUGCACGCAUCGAGGCCGGGCCUGGGUCGCACUCUAAUGGAGAUGCCAAGCCGUGGCAGCGAGGCCCCACAGGAGGUCCUGCCCCCUGGCGUAACCGCAACCAAGAUCGCGAUCACCAUGAUGGUGGUGACCGUGGCGACCGCGGUGAUCGUGGUGAUCGUGGCGACCGUGGUGACCGCGGUAGUGGGCCUAGCGGCGGUCCUGCACCCUGGGCUCGUGACCGCCGCGAGCGGAAUCACGACAACCACGGUGGUGACAGCAGCUAUUACGGUGGCCAUCACAAUAAUCACCACAACAACAAUAACAACAGCCAAGGUUAUGGAGGCCCUGCUGCUCCUGGCGCGGCACCCUGGCAUCAGGCUCCUGCGGCUCCCCCCGGUGCUCAGCCUUACGGGGGCUACCCGGGCGGAUAUCCAGGAUUCUCGUCGAUGGGUGCCCCUCCUGGGCUCGGAGCGCCCCCUGCGCCUCCUUCUGACAACCUGA